UAAAAACUGGUAUGUUCGAGCAUUAAGUUUCUAUUUUGCAACUCCAACUUCAAUACAGUGAGCAAGACUACUGCUAAACUCUUCUGCAAUGCAACUCGUGCUAGAGUAAAACGUCCAGUUGUUGAAGAGAAGAUUUUUCAAACAAUAAAGUUUAGAAUCCUAAAUACACUAUAACGAUCAGUUAAAUAUCAAUUCGAAUGAUUAUAGUUAAUAAACAGAGUCAUUUUUUAAUGAAUACAGAUUAUAAUGGAAACGGAACUGGAAGUCCAUUAGCAACAUUCCCAGUGAACAAAUUUAUGUAACGAAAAUUUAUCUUAAAUCAAUUUUUGAUUUUCUCCCUCUAUGUUGUAUUUGAAGAAUCCAUACCCCUAACACAUACAUAAAAAUCUGUCAUAAAAGAUUACCCAAUAUUUUAAUCGAACACCACUAAAAACCCUGUUUACAUUUAAGAAGCCGUUUAAGUAUAAUCCAUUAAAAUAUUUUGUUUAUGGACUAUCAUUUAAAAAACUGCAUCAUAUGAGAUGAAUGAAGACUUCUCUUUUUACAAGUUUUUUUCAGAUUCUACAAUCAUAUGUGGCAAUUAAUUAUUCAAAAAGUGGCCAGGUUUAAGAUGAAAUGAGUCGUUUAAAGUUAUAGCAUGUGGAGAAUAAGUUAAUUUUUUUUCCGAUUAUUUUGCGGGUCAGUAAUUUUUUGUCAAAGUCUGUCAAACUUGAAGUUUCUCAAUCGGUAAAAACAGUACCAGUUCGGAUUUAAAACCACAGAAAUGUAUGCAAAAGAAAUAUGUUCAACCCCUUCUCUUAUCUUAGACAACCUCAGGCCCAAUCAAUCAAUGGAGAUACAUCUCUGAGAUACAGAUUUAAAGAAGGUCAAAAUGAAAUCUACGUCAAUGAAGGUGAUAAUCUGAUUUUUAUCUGUCCAUCAAAUCGAACAUUUUCCCAAUCACUUUACUGGACAAAUGAUUCACGAGUAACAAUAAAAUGCAAUCGAACUUUAUCCAUUAAAGUAAUUAAACUUUUAGAUUGUUUCGGUGAUAAUUAUGCAACGGAAUUUAUACUCAAAAUUAGUAAAUUUCAUGAAAUUUCAUCUCUUCCAGUUUUUCAUCAUGAAUUACCUAUUCAUUUUGUAGCUCAAUCAGUUAUUUGUCAAAAUAGUAACUUCCGCCUAAGUGUUAGACUGGCGUCAACACAUAAGACCUCAAGCACAGAUAGCGUUUCCAAUGGUUCUGCAAUAUAUAUCAAAAAGUCUAAUUUGACAAAUCAUUAUGAAAAAUCUACUACCUCAAAUAAAUCAUCCUAUUUUCAUAUAAAACGGAAAAUUGCAAAAUUUGUCUCCAAUGUCUCUUCCACUUCCCACUUAAAUUAUGAAUUUACUAAUUUAGAGCAAACAAACUGGAAGGAAUAUCGUUUCCUUAUUUUACCAGCGACAUUAGCAUUUUUUACACUCAUUGGAAUGCAAAUUGUUUUUUGUAGUUUUUGGUUACCUAUCUCAGUGAUUAAUAAAUUUUUCAAACAUUUUCGACCGUCUAAACACUUACACAAAUUAAAAUCACAAUCUAACCAGAAAGUGAAACAAAAUGAAUCAAACUCCUUAAAAGUUUGCAAAGAAAAUUCGAAAAUUCCAAACCAAAGUUUAUGUUGGAGUAUACCGACUCAAAUGUCAAUGAAUUCUUGUACAACACAUUCAAUGAAAGAGUCAAUCUCUAAUUAUAAUCAAUUUAUCACUUCUUAUAAUCAAUUAAAUGAUUAUAAAUUAAUAAAUCAAAAUUAUCAAACUGAUUUUCAUAGUCAAAAUUAUCAAUUUCAAUUGGUAAUACCUCAAAAAUCACUUAAAGAUAAUCAUGAUGAUUAUAUUAAUCAAACAAAUUCAAAGAUUUUAUGUAAUUGUUCUUAUCAUCAACAUCAAAUUAUUAUGAAAUUAAAUGAAAAACAAACAAAUAUUUUACCAAUUUUUAUUUCAUCUAAUAUGAAAUCACAUGGAAGUUAUACAACGACACAAACUAUUUCAGAAUUAAUUCAAAAAUGAUAAACAAUUAAUUUUAAUAUUAUUAUUAAUAUUAUGUGUAACGAAGAUUACUUUCUUUUUUGUUUUGUAAAUAUUUACUUACUUACGCCUGUUACCAACCCCUCGCGGAGAUGCAUAGGCCGCCCACCAGCGUUCUCUAUCCAACCCUGUUUUGGGCAGUCCUAUCCAGUUCUUUCCAGUUAACAUUC